AUGUCGCUACGCUUCCUCACAAGACGUCGUGAUCGCGACCGAUCCAACUCCAUCCUCAACUCGCAGCCCUCGCCUUCGCGUGCGUGCAUCGCUCUCCCCGACGAACCAGUGCGCUCGGGCAACGCGGGCAAUGCUGCCAUACCCGCAGACGUCCACGUCAUCAGCUGGGAUCCACGCGACCUCGAAGCUGCUGGCCGCGACGUCCACAUCCGCUCCAGAGAUCCACUCCCAUCUCCGGGCCUAGGCCCCAUCGAUACCCCUGUUUACCGUGCUUUCACCGCAAGCCAGCACCUCAACCACCCACCACCCGUGCCCGCAAAGUCAACCCCCAUCAGACCCCAGAAUGCAAAGUCGCGCGCAAGACCAAAGACCGCAUCGAGCGCACAGGAUCGACAGCGUAUCGACUUUCUAGAAUCAAGACCAUCCCUAUCGGCAGCAGAUAAUAUCCGCACAGACUACCUCGAGGUGCUUCACGCCUCCACAACCACCCAACACGACCAUGCCCACACCUCAAAGCACAGCUUCUCGCGCCGCUUCGCCUCCAAGAUUCGACGCGCCAAAUCACGCUCCCAACAGUCCGGCUUGGCAUAUGACUCGGGCGCCGAGACCGACGCCGACAUCAGCCAUGCCACCCUGCCCGCCUCCUUUGCAUCAGGCUCUCGUCUUCCCUAUUCGCACGCCCAAGACAACGCUUCCGUCCAGUCAUUCGCCAGCCAGGCUUCGGCACACACUCGAGACUUUUGCCUCCUCUCCGCUUCCGACGCAACCUCGAGCUUGCUCUCCCGUCUACCCAACACUCGUAAGCUGCGCAGGCGUCAAAAUGCCUCGACCGCCGACAUCCAGCUCUUGGCUUCCUCCUCGGCUCGUUCCCAAUCCGACAACGCUGCCUCCGCCGCCACUUCGCGUUCGCGCAGCGCUUCGCUCAGCACCAUGGCGCCCAAGUUUCUGCGUCCCAAGGACAGCCGCGCCGACAUGGGCCCCAACGCUCCCCCCUCGCCCGCAAAGAACAGACUGAACAGAGGCGCUCCUCCCUCGGCGUGGAGGCCCGACGCCGCCUCGAUCGAAGCAGCAGCCGGCGCAUCGUCCAGCUACAGCUCCGACAACGACGCCAGUGCAGCCUCCUCCACGGGCCAUGCACACGGCCUCGCUGCCAACAGUAGCGUCGGCGCCGCAUCGCCCGGUCCAUACCACGCCCAGCUCGUCGGUCAUACAGACGCUCAGCAUGCCCACGGGCACCGCCCGCGCACGCCCGUCAAUCGUCUUUCGGCCAUCACGUCUGCCCUGCUUCCGCGCACUCCGGAUCCCGAGUCGUCGCCACGCCCGCCCUCCCGCCACAACGCACCGUCAUCGCCCAUCGUCGCUGGCCUGCCCCUCCCCGCCAAGCCCACCCGCACCGCCUCACCAGCCGUGACCACCUCGCUCCUCGCCUCGCAACUCUUCAAGCGCCUCGGUCCGCCCCCCGUCGGUCUCGAGCCGCACCGCUUCGACGAGCGUGUACUCAUGAUCCAGCACUACAUCCAAAACCAGGUGCCGCUCGUCCCCCUCGCCAAGCCGCACGAUCCCGUCACCUUCGCGCCGGCCAGCAACCGCUCCAGCUUGCCGCCGCCCGCGCGCCGCUCCUCCGCCGACCCACGCCUCGCCGCGCUCGCAGACGAGUUCGACAAGCUCGAGUGCCAGACAGAGCACGCCAUGCUCGAGCUCGCCGCGCACAAGGGCGACGUCGUGCGUUUCGAGAUCGCCGAGCUCCGGCUCGCCGAUGCUUUCCUCGCCGCUAGGAGGCGCUGCGGCGUCGAUAGCAGCCGCAGCCACUUUGAGCUCGAGGCGCUCCCUCCUGCGGCGAACUCGGACAGCCCCGACCUGGUCUCGGACUCGCGAUUCCACGCAGACGCCACGCCGCUGAGAGGUACGCUCGGAGGCAUGCAUCCCGCGCCCGCUGUGCGUCCGCCCAGCGCACGCGAGGCCACAGACGGCCUCGGCGGGCUCGGCGUUUCGCUGCGCCCAGCACCCAGACGCAGGCGCAGGCCCAUCACUGCACCCGAGACGCAGAACAAGGGCAUCGCCAGCAUGCCGUUGAGCAGCAGCGGCAAUCGCGAAAUGCUGCGCAGGGACGGCGAGGCUGCUGACACGCGGCCGUCGACCGCACGCUCGUCGCGCUCGCCCGCGCCUGCCUCGGACACGGCGGGCGGCGCGCUCGAGGGCGAGCUGUUUACGCCGGCGAGCUUCAGUGCGCGUGCGGGUUCGGGUGCGGGUGCGGCGGUGGUGGAUGCGGACGAGCUGCGGCUGCGCCAAAUGCACACGCAUGCGCAAGCGCGCCUGGUGGCGAGCAGGACCGUGUUCGCUGCGCCCGCACAUGCCUACCGGCGCGGCUCGAGCGACAGGGACAGCUCGAGCAGCCACAACACCGCCACUACGCAUGGCUCGGUGCGCUCGCCGCUGUUUGGCGCGCCCGCGUUCCAGGUGGUCGGAUGGGCGGGUGUGGGCGAGAGGCAGAGGACGCAUUCGCAGGAUACGGCCGAUACCGAGCAUACCGAUGCGUCCGAGAUGCAUGCCGCCAUCAAGGCGGCCGUCGCGAGAGAGGGCGCACUGCCCCCGGUCUCGUAG